CUCAAAAAUGGCAGGGUCUGCUAAAAGGCCUCCAAGCGCGCGUUGGAAAUCGUAUGAGGGAUGGGAUUAUAAUGGAAUGAAACAGCGACUGGAACAGUUUAUGGAAAGCAUUGACAAACAGGCCCUUUGUAAUCACGUCGAAGAAGUUACGCAAAAGAAGGCUCACAUGAGCGAGCCCUUCUCUGCUGGGCAGUUCUGGUGUUGCUUCGAGUUCGUCCUGGAGGACCAGAGCUUGGUUAUCGGGCGCGUACGACUCCCGAGGCAUCCUAGCAGCAAUGGGACAAUUACAGAGAGCUCCGAGUCGUACGCCAUACAGUGCGAGGUGGCCACCAUGUCAUUCCUUCAGGCUAAUGCUCCUAAAGUGCCAUCACCGAGGCUUUACGCCUACGCGCCUCCGGGCUCGCAACAAGCUAAAGCUGUUGGCGCAUGCUAUAUGUUGAUUGAGGGUUUCUACGGUAACACACUGCAAGAUGUGCAGUUCGAUAUCUGCGAUCUUCCGCUGCACACACAGGAGUAUAUCAUAGCGCAGUGGACUUCCAUUCAAACCGAAUUGGCAACGUUCAGCUUUCCAAAGAUUGAAUCGAUCUCCCACUUCAAUGGUGCUGAGCCAACCAUCGGUCCAUUAGGCGCAGCAGUAGCAGAGGGUUUUCCAAGACCAGGCCCUUUUAACAGUACUCACGAGUACUUCACGGCCGUCGGACAGUCAAGAUACACUCUUGCUCGCAAGGCGGCCUUGGAGGAUCCGGAAUACGAUCGCUUCACACUUUUGGGCACCUCCAUCUUCCGCGACAUCGUUUCCCUGACCGAGUUAUUCAAGGACGAGAGCACGCUGUUUCAGCUCAACCAUAUGGACUUGGGGACCCAGAAUAUUCUUGUUGACGAAGAUUACAACUUCCUUGCUCCGUGCCAUAAUCGACUGGGAGUUUGCGCAAACCGCGCCUUGUUCAAGUGAACCAUUACCCAAUGCCCUUCCCCUUACUGUCAUCCGAUGCCGAAAUCGCAGACAUCCUAUGGUCGUAAGAGAAAUCUUAUGCAACGGCACACCAGUAAAGAAGCAAAUCCAGCGCUUUUGUGAAUGCUACUAUUCAGC